AGCAGUUGGACUUCCUGCGCAUUAAUCUUUUUGUUUUCAUACUUUUAAAUAAACUUAAAUAGUGAGAAAUGCAAAUCUCUGCAAGAAUGAUGCUCGAAUGGAAUGUGGAGAUUUGACUUUUGGGUAUUUUGGGUCAGGUAGAGCAUCCUGAAGCGAUCAGGUAACCACGAGAGGUGUUGACUUCUUCACAAAUAACACUUUUGAAACACAAUAUUAGGAGCUGCAUCAUCCAGUGUGCUCACGGACUUCACCGGGAUGUUUUCCGCGACUCUCCUCCUCACUGCUCUCUGCGUCUUUGCGCACAUGGACACUUUUACGCACGGCUGCCAGCUGCCCUCCGAGUGGCGGCCGCUGAGCGAGGGCUGCCGGGCGGAGCUGGCGGAGAUCAUCGUGUACGCCCGGGUCCUGGCGCUCCACCGGGAGCCCCUGGGCGGCGGGGAAGGCAGCAUGUACAACUCGCUGUCCUUCGGGUUCGGGUACGGCUACGAGGGCGCAGAGGAAGGGCUGCUGUACUCGGCCGAGGUGGAGCUGCUGUGCGACCAGGCUUGGGGCAGCAUGCUGGAGGUACCCACCGGAUCCAGGCUCAAUCUGACUGGGCUCGGGUACCUGUCCUGCCAGUCCCACACGGUGAUGGAGAACUACUCCUACUUCUUCUUCCUCAGGAUGGACGAGAACUACAACAUCCUCCCCCACGGCGUCAACUUCCAGGACGCCAUCUUCCCGGACACCUCUGAGAACAGGCGCACGUUCUCCAGCCUCUUCCAGUUCUCCAACUGCACCCAAGGGAGCCAGCCGUUCCACACCUUCAGCCCUGAGUGGGACACCCAGGAGGACAACAGGCUGAUGUGCUCCUCGGUGCAGGGGGCCCUGUUUGAAGAGGAGGAGCGAGGCCGGAAGCUGCAGGAGCGCCUCGCCGGGGCGGAGAGGAGGAACCGGCAGCUGAAGGAGCGCGUUCGCAAGGUGAAGCGCUCCCUGAGGAACGCCCGCAAGGCCACGCGCAAGGCCGAGCAGGAGGUGCAGGAGCUGCAGGAGAAGCUGAAGGCCGUGGAGCGGAGGGAGGGGCACCACCUCAACGCCAUCACGCAGGAGGAGCCCUCACCGGGGCGCUAUGCGAGCACAGCGAUGCGCCAGCGGAUGCAGCUUUAACUAGUCCCACCCGCCCCGACCUGCCACCCGCCUGGACAGGACACUGGCUGUGGAGAGUGAGGGGCUGCUGGGCGGCCUCUAAGGAAGGGUCGGGACAAACAAUUAUCCUCAUAUAAGAGCAAAAUCAGCUGUAAAGUAAUAAUCCACGUAGUUUUGUCACACUAAUUCUCUCUUUUAUAUCUUUGAUUGCAACAACAGUGAGGGUUAGGAUGAUUCCUGGUCCUCAACUUAGGUUCGGGAGCUAGACCACGCCUUAACCACUCCUCUAAUUACCCAUCAACCCUUCUUAUACCUGGUCAACCCAUCCUUCUCCAUUUGUCUCAGAUCUCUCCCUCCCUCUUCCAUCCUCAUCCCUACCCACGUCCAUUCAUCCUCCGCUCCCUCAUCCCUUCCAGCUCCAUCCAGGGACUUUUUUCAUGUCUCUCCCUAGGUUCAGUCCGGGGGGUCCGACAUCAGCUUGGGCGAAAAAGUGCCUGAGACGGAACCCCCACACUGAGUCUCCAUCCGUCCAGUCCACGGCCUAGCCUCCCAGAGACAUUAUUCAUCCGUCCUCUUCCUCGCCCUUCACAUCCAUUCAUCCAUUCACAAUAUCCAAUGCAGCCUGAAUUUCCUUCAAAAGAUUUAACGAUUCGUUGUGGCGUGGUCCAUGUUAGUGACACAUUAUCAGGGUCAUCCUCAAAUAUUGUGCUUCCACCAACCUUUGUGGUCCGGUCUUUGAAACGAAAUCUAUGAAGUAUAGAUCUGUUUACACAGGAUCGAUAACAAGAAAAGAAGAAAGUUAAGUUGUCCCUUCACUUAUAUUUUACAUUUUUAUAUUCGAUAGUCUGAAUUCAGGGGCCCUCUUCUUUCAAGGACAUGGUCCACGAAUGCAGAGCUGAAAUGAGACGGUGUGUUCCACAGAGGAUUUUUCUAUUUGCGUCACUGGCGCGUUCUGCAGCCACAUGCGUAGCGAGCAUGUUAGUUUCCUCACCAGUGCGAUAUAAAUCCUGGGAUGGGAUGGCCUGAGAAGGAUACACCUGUUGGAUCCUUUGUUGCUCAGGAAGGGAAGGACGUUGAUUGAAGGAGCCUUCAAAAUGGAACAGCCUAGUUUCUCCGCUGUGAUGGAAGCCGUCUUCAAAUGCAGCCUGUGAAGGAUGCGGCCCCUGAAAUGGGACACAGCAAUUUUUCUUGCCACAAGGAACCCCCUUUGAAUAAUCACAGUCACAGUCACAAUCACUCUGUUAUCUUUGCUAACGAUAACCCUAAACCCUAACCCUAAGGACACUUAAGUUGCACUAUGGAUCAAGUGGUAAAGUCAGUAUUUGGGCAUUGAAAUCUGGCUCUGGCAAGUGCACUGUCUUAAUAGAAUCAAUAUCAGCAAUUUAAAUACAAUAUUUGUUCUUAUAACAAUCAAUAUUUAACAUGUAUUAAUAGUCAACUGUUACUUCAGAGAGAGUUUUAUGUCUGUGAAUGAAAGUUAUUAGAUGUUUGAUUUGUUAUUAAUUCCAGACUGAACAUCGGCUUGUAUGUAAAUAUUUUUGUA